CGGCGCCCAACCCACCCACCAGACCAGACCACCACCGCGUCGUGCGUGAUGAUGCGACGGUGCUCCGCCCAAGACUCGCGGGUGCUCCGUCUCCGCCUGUGCGCCCGGCGAGUGCUCCGCCCCCGCUCCGGGCGAUUGCUCUCCGCCUUCCUCAAGCUCCGCCGCGAGGUGGCGAAGCCGGUGGAGGUGUUCGACGCCGAGCAAUUCGAGCGGAUGCCGCGGUGGGGGCAGCCGGAUGACGCCUACGCCUGCAGCGCUUCUUGCCCAUCCCCGGGUCGGAUUGGAGCGAGUUGUGCACCAAGCUCUUCACCCAUGCCGGCGUCUUCAAGACUAUCGCCAGGAUCGUCGCCGGUGGUAAGGACGGCGACAAGAUUGUGUCAUUGUUGGCAGGACCAAUAACCCACUACCGUCUCAAGAAACCCCCCAGUACAACUGGCCUGACCGAGUUGAUUGCCGUAAUGCAUGCAGAUCGCACCAGGCGCUCCAUGCUAUGGCAGAAGUUCAAGCCGGAGGGAAUACAAAGGAUCAUGGACUUGGUUGCUAGGUGCCCUGAACUGCAAGGCAAGGCGCCACUGCGAUUCCCCCAUGCAGUGGGAUGUGGCCCAAACUGGCUACCGGAACGCCCCAGACGUUGCAGGCGGACAACUAAUCACACACCCGCAGAUCUUCUCACUCGUGCAUUUCUGCGUAAGAGGCUACUUUCAAUUCAGGGGAAAAAACAUUCAGCACGUUCCAGAAAUCCACCAUCCCAAUCUGCCACGCCAUACAUGAAAAUGGUACAGAUCACUCCACAGCCAGAACUUCUUGAAGGUGUUUCCCAUGCUCCUGCUGUGCGUCGUAUACCACAUAUCAUGACAGGUCCAUCUAAAAAUUCAGGCAUCUUCCAAUCAGCAACUGAUGCAGCAGCGAGUGGAAAUCAGGGAGCCAAUUCGACUGUUUCAGAGAAACAAGGCAUCUCUCCACUGUACUCGAUCUAAAGCUGCCAUAUGCUUGAUGCUUGCCAUGGCCGGAGGUUGCUGAAUUGCAUGUAAUGGAUAUAGGAAGUCUGCGGGCAAAAUAAUUUUCUGUUUCCUUUUUCUGAGACUCUGGUUGUCUGGUUCUGUCGGAGUCAGAGAUAGAACUGGUUGCAGCUCCUGUAGUGGUAAAUUGCAAAUAUAAUGGGGGAGUGUUGGAGGAAGAUUUUGUCUUUCCCGGUCGUAUGCAUUGUUGCACCUGUUGUGUUCAUGCGAGUAUUUCAU